ACCGGUCCGAUCACGAUGCUUCGGUCCACGCCGGUCCAUUUGAAGGAGGGUGCUUUAAAAUCUCAACCGUUCGAUCAUGGAACGGAUGGACGGUCCAGAUUCCUAGAUUGCUAUAGAAGACUCGCGGAGCGAUGGAGCAGCAGAGGGCGAGUCGGAGAGAGCUCCGCCAUGGCGGCUUUGAGAGGGGCGUCGAGUCUCUUGAGCAAUGGUCGCGUUCUUUUCGGGAAUCUUAACCCUAACCAUAACGCUAACAGUAGAGCUCUUCUACUUCUUCCUUCCCAGUUCGUGUCCUCCAGAGGAAUUGCCUCCAAGCUCUUCGUCGGAGGCCUUUCUUUCUACACAACAGAGGAAGCCUUAUCUGAUGCUUUUUCACAAUAUGGCCAAGUGAUUGAAGCCAAAAUAAUCAUGGACAGAGCCUCCGAGAGAUCGAAAGGAUUUGGGUUUGUAACAUUUGCCUCAGAGGAUGAAGCCCAAAAAGCUCGCACAGAAAUGAAUGGCAAGGUUUUAAACGGGCGGGUCGUCUUUGUAGACAAUGCAAAAACCAAGCUACGUUUCAACGACGCUGUUCCUAUCGCAAGAGGGCCACCUGAACCAUCUGGAAAUAAAUGAUAUUUAUUCAUUCUUCACUGUAAAACUGAAAGAUUUUGUCUGAUGAAGAUUGAGUCAAGAGUUUUCAAUGAUACUUGUAGCCAAAAUUUCUUUUCAUUAGAGUUAAAAGAUUCCGGAAUGAUAAAUUGAACCAUUUGUCUCAAU